AUGUACAAACUUGAGGAAUCUCAGAAUGAAGAUGUGAAGAGGACAAAUUUAUUCCAUAAUUAUUCUAAAUUGUCCAUUCACGAGUCCCCAAUUACAGUGUCGGGCAAUAGGCAGCAUGAUAAGCCUAAGAAAUUCAUGAUCAGGCUGGUGAGGAAGAGCCAGAGUAUGGAAGACGUGAAUGCGGGUAAUUCUAAUAAAUCAUCAGUCGCUGAGAAAGGCCAUUUUGUUGUCUACACCACUGAUCAAAAGCGCUUUGUGUUUCCCUUAAUGUAUCUCAACAAUGACAUCUUCCUUGAGCUCCUAAAGGUGUCUGAGGAGGAGUUUGGACUAUCAAGUGAUGGCCCUAUUACAUUGCCAUGUGAUGCAGUUUCCUGGAUAAAUUAG